AUGGAUUCGGCGGUGGUUAGGAGUGUCCGGGCGGGACCCGGAUGCCGGUGCGGCGGGACCGAAGUCUGCGAGGCCACCCAGCUUUCCGCUUUCUGUGCUGGGGAAACUGUGGCCGGGUCCCGGGGAAAUGCGAGCCUGCGGUGCGCAAGGCCCCAACGGAGCCCUUGGGCUCCCGCAGAACCGGCUGGGCCUUCCGUAGUCCCUGAGGAGCAGCAGGACCUUCUCCCGGCCCUGGAUCUGAGGCAGGAGAGGCCUCCCCCGCGGGUGUCCAAGAGCUUCCUGAGCCUCCUCUUCCAGGCGCUGAGCGUGCUGUCGGCCCCGAUAGGAGACGUGCUGCUCACUGUGUACAGGGAGGUCUGCUGCAUCCGCUUCCUGCUCACGGCUGUGUCGCUGCUGAGUCUCUUCCUGGCAGCGCUGUGGUUGGGGAUCCUGUAUCUGGUCUCUCCCUCGGAGGAUGAACCUACGGAGAUGCUGACUCUAAGUGAGUACCGGGAGCGCGUGCACGCCCAGGGGCAGCAGCUGCAGCAGCUCCAGGCCGAGCUGAGCCAACUCCGCAAGGAGGUGUGCGGCGUUCGCACAGCCAACAGCGAGAGAGUGGCAAAGCUCGUGUUCCAGAGGCUGAAUGAGGACUUUGUGCAGAAGCCAGACUAUGCGCUGAGCUCUGUGGGAGCCUCCAUCGACCUAGAGAAAACAUCCCACGACUACGAAGACACGAACAUCGCUUACUUCUGGAACCGCUUCAGCUUCUGGAACUAUGCGCGGCCGCCCACGGUUAUCCUGGAGCCAGACGUGUUCCCUGGGAAUUGCUGGGCUUUCCAGGGCAACCAAGGCCAGGUGGUGAUCCGCCUGCCGGGCCGUGUGCAGCUGAGCGACAUCACUCUGCAGCAUCCACCACCCAGCGUGGCACACAGCGGAGGUGCCAACAGCGCCCCCCGCGAUUUCUCAGUCUUUGGCCUCCAGGUUGAUGAUGAAACAGAAGUUUUCUUGGGAAGAUUCGCCUUUGACCUGGAGAAACCUGAGAUUCAGACCUUUCACCUGCAGAAUGACCCCCCAGCUGCCUUUCCCAAGGUGAAGAUCAAGAUUCUAAGUAACUGGGGCCACCCCCAUUUCACAUGCUUGUAUCGAGUCCGUGCCCAUGGUGUGCGAACCUCGGAGGGGGCUGGGGACAGGGCCGUGGGAGCCGCUAGGGGUUCCCAUUAAACACUGCUGGAUUGAACUGGA